AUGGAGCUGCUAGGUUUCUCCACACAGACAUGGCUCACUGCAGGUGGUCUUGGAACAGUCUUGUUGACACCGGCUGGUCGUGGGAUAUUCACAAAUUUUCUUUCAAGUGCAAUGAUUCAUGCAACCCGUCCAUUUGUCGUGAAUGAGUGGAUUCAGACAAAGAUUGAAGACUAUGAAGUUUCUGGUACUGUUGAGUUCCGUAUAUGAGUUUUGCAGCCAUGUUCAUAAGUAGAUCCAUAUGAAGAGGACAAAGAGAAAGAUAAGUUAUUUUUAGUGAGUUCACCUAUUAUUUAGAUUUUUGUUACCUCAUUUAUCUCAUGAGUGUAUCUGUUUAUCAUUUGAACCUGCUAAAUUUAAUCCUAAAUUCACUAAUUUCGUGUUGAUUUCGUGUCGGCUGAGUGUUGUAUAGGAUUGCCAGAAUUACAUGGAGGAUCAGGCAACUAUUUUAACUUCAAGCAUAGAAACCAAAAAUAUAAAAGAACAAAAGACUAAAUAGAUAAGCAAGGUUCAAGUAUUUUUUGAAGUCUCAUACCAUAAAUACUAGGUUCGUCCCUUUCCUCGGAAACCCGGAUUGAAACAUCCACAAAUCCUUGAGGUUUGGUGGAAUUCCUUUUCCGCAAUUCAAAACUCCCCACUUCCUCAACUGGUUUUGAGUUUGAAACUUCAGAAUUCUUCAUGUAUUUAUCAAGAAAUUCUUUCACAACAACUGUAGCUGUCCCCUGAAGCCUCUCUCUAAGAAAGAUAGGCUCUCUACUGUAAACCUCAACAUUCAGAGCCAAAUCUCCGAGGUUCGAUUCGGAUCAACCCACCCAACAGCCAACCAUUGGAGCUUCCACAGAGAUGAAGUUCUCCGAAGUCCCCUAGCAGAGAUCAGGCAGAUUUCAACACUGAGUUUACCCAUUUCAGACCAAGUUUCUGUUUGUUGAAAGGAACAAGAGGUGGUGAGAGAAAUUUGUCCCCUGUGACUGUGAGGUUCUGAGACAGGAGAAUGUGAUGGCUGAGUGGUUGGAGGAGGAGGAGGAGGGAGCGAUCUGAGAGAGGAUGGCUGACUGGUUGGAGGAGGAGGAGAGACCGACUGAGAGAGGGAUCUGAGCGAGAGAGAGAGGGAAUCUGACUGAGAUAGGGGUUCUGAUCGAGCGAGAGGGGAUCUGACUGAGAGAGAGAUGCGUUUUA